AUGAAAAUCGUUCUAUCACUGGCCCUCGCAAUUGCUGCCGCUUGCCAUACAAGCGCGUUUUCUCUUUCCAUGAAUCUUCCUGAGGUGUCGAGCCGAAGAGGUUUCAUUGGAUCUUCAGCAGCUGCUGUCGUUGCUGCUGCAACACUUCAAGCCCCCCAGGCUGCAAACGCUGCGCCGACGAUUUACAAGCUUGACAAUGGUAUCAAGUAUGCUAUCACGAAAGACACAGACAAGAAGAAUUAUCCUCAACAAGGCGAUAUUGUCGCAAUUGAAUACACUGGCUACUUGACAAGCGGCCAAAUUUUCGACGGAACUCAUAGUGAGGGAAAAUCCAACGCCUUGCUCUUCAAGCUUGGUAGCACAGCAGUCAUUGCAGGAAUCAAUGAGAUGGUCGCGGAAAUGAAGGUUGGACAAAAGGUCCAAGCGAUUAUUCCACCAGAGCUCAAUUUUGGUGACAAAGGAGUCUGUUUGGAAGACGGAGAGUGCCUCGUAAAACCAGGCUCUACACUUGUCUACGACAUCUUCUUGAAGAAAUCUUCCAUUCCACCACCUUAA